GCACUAUUCGACGGCGGGACGACCAUCAGUGUACUUCCAACGUCGUACGUGGCGGUCUGUCAACCGGUUUUUAAAGUACGCGUGUUUACACACACGACAUAGAAAAUAACAUGACGAGUUCGUUAACGCGUGUCGAGUGAUCGUUUUUAUUUUGUGUUUAAGUAAAGCGACAUAUUGUGAACAAACUGUCUGAAUAUAUUUUAAUCGUGUAAAAAUGCCUUUGUUUAAAUUAUUGUUGCUGACCUGUGUCGUGGCUCAGACGACCGCUGCCGCUAGGAACAACAACGUCACCGUGUUCAGAUGUUGUGGACCCGGCGAGACCUUAGACGAAACCGAUGUAAACUAUCGUUGUGUCGUCAAUCCGUCGGAACCACUCGAUUUCGUGCCAAUUAUCUUCGAUCAUUCCAGCAAUCAGUUCUUAGCUCCCAACACUACGCCGCCGAUGUAUUUUCACAUGGUCCAAUCUCGCCCGCCGUGCCAACCGGCUUUCCUACCCGCAGCACCACCGGGCUCUCCGUCUAGUUACGUGCCGUUCCUCAAUGGAUCUCUGUGGGUGCAUCAUUUAACCAACCCGAUGCUGGACCCCGGUAAGUUUUGUGUAGACAGGUCGGGUGCGCUGUUUUGUGUACCGGACGAACCCGAUGCGGUGAAAAAAUGCUGUUCGCGAGAGUUCGUGUACAGUGAACAAGAAAGAGCUUGCGUAUACGCCGAUCGAGAAGACGUACAGGGUCUGCCAGCCGAUAUCAUGUUCGGGUUACCUCAGUGUUCGGAAUUAGGAUUAGUCGGUAGACUGAACGAAACGCAUUGGACAUCGAAAGACGGGCCCCCCGGCGCGUUACGUGCGCCAGACGGUAAAGUAUACACUACCAAGCAGUAUUGCUUAGAGCAUAUCCUAGAACAACCGCAGCAUACGUUAUGGACCGUGAUAGCUUGUGCUCCUCAGGAAGACCAUGUUAUUAAAUACCACGCCGAAGACACCAAGUUCACGUUGUAUCCUCUAGGACUGUUGGUAUCUGUCUUCUUCUUGGCCGUUACUUUGGUGGCCAGCUGCAUGCUCCCUAGUACCUAUCACGUGCUGCACUGGAAAUGCCAAGUCAACCACGUUGGUUGUUUGAUGGUCGGUGAUCUGUUUCUGGCCAUCGUUCAAUUAUCUGGAGAAUCGUUGUAUCGUGGUCCGUUUUGUGUUUUUACAGCUAUUGUGAUGCACUUUGUGUUCUUGGCGGCAUUCUUCUGGCUUAACACGAUGUGUUUUAAUAUAUGGUGGACAUUUAGGGACUUAAGGCCUGCAAAUUUGGAUAAAGGCCAGGAAGCUUGUAGAUUUCGGUUAUACCAACUGUAUGCAUGGGGUGUGCCCUUUGUGAUCGCCACUUUAGCUGCAGUUAUUGAUAGGAUUCCACCGGACCAAUAUAUAUCACUCGUCAGGCCAAAAUUUGGUGAACACCGCUGUUGGUUUUAUGGUGAUGCCGAUUUGCUUUCAUAUUUUUACGGACCCAUUGGUAUUCUUUUAAUGAUGAAUUUAACCUUGUUUGCUGCCACGGCUAGAGAAUUAACGUGUGGACUUUGGAGAACUGAAGUAGUUAAAUCCACUAGCGAAAGGGCUACACUAGGACGGGUGUGUCUGAAAUUGGUGAUUGUAAUGGGAAUUACGUGGGUAGUGGAUGUUGUAUCAUGGAUCAUCGGAGGACCUGACUAUGUGUGGUACAUGACAGAUGUGAUGAACGCCUUACAAGGAUUACUUAUAUUUAUUGUAGUCGGAUGUCAGCCUCAAGUUUGGAUGGCGGUGAAGCGCAUGUGGUGCCUUAGCUCAGAUAACCCGUCUGAUGGUGGCAAUGCCAGGUCUUCGAUGUCCAACGCCAUGCCGUCUACAGUAAACGAGUCUACGUUGUCCAAACCUGUCGAAACAUUGUGCUGAUCGCCAGACAGAAGCGACGCUCACACUUCCCUCCUCGAGCUGCAACUGUUAUGAUGUCUUUUGCUGCACUCCUCUUGCCUGCACUUUCUCCGCACCGCGCGCGUGAUUUGAAUAUUAUUAGACUGACAACUUAUGAUUAUAUUGAUAUUUUUUAAAACCAGUAUUAUAUGUGUACAUGUAUUUAUUACGUUUAACAAAAAUUAAAAGCUUCUGGCACAUGAGUUUUACAUAUUAGUGAUUAUAAAUAAUUUUAUAUGAUGAGUUAUUUUACCUAGUUGAACCAAAGAUUAAAAAAUUAAUUUUAAAAUAGAAUUAUAAAACAUAUUUUAACAAUAAAUUUUCCAUAUUAAUAUUUGCUUAAUGCACAGCAUAUAAUGAUCUUAACCAUUAUCAAAUAAUAUUGUUUUUUUAUCAUUUAUUUAUAUAUUUAAAAUUGUUUUACUUUUUUUAGAAUAUAAAAUUUGGAGUAUUUUAAUUUUUGAUUACAAUUGACAAUUAUGUUUUAAAAAUAAACAUCGAAAUUCGAAAAAACAGUUUUGUAAAAGAAUCAUACUUUAUAUACAGUAUUUUGUACUUCCACUUUGUAAAAUUGAUACAUUGUAUAUUUAAAUCUUCAAAAUAUAACAAUCAACUGUGAACUAACUAUUCACUACAAGACAAGUUUAAAAUAAUAGUGUAGAGUUUAAAGAGUUCUAUUACUUAUCAUCGAUAAUUUUAACUAUUCUAUUAAAAAUAAAUUUAAAAAAAUACUGUACUACUAAAAUAUUGCUUAAGAUAUCAGGUGCCAAAAUAGUAACAAAUAUGUUACUAUGUCUGCUUAAAAUGUAUUUAUUGUUUGUUUAACAUCUUUUUAUUGAGUUCCUGUAAAUUUGUUUUAUUUAUUGAUAAUUUGGUCUGCUAUAACUAUUGUAACAUUUGUAAUUACAUGUAUAUAUUAUCAUAUUAAAUUUAUGACCUGUAGCCAAUAAAAGUUAAUAUGUUAAUUUUUUUAAAAUCUUUAUAUAAUUUUAUGCAACAAUAUUAAGUUUGUUUUUUUUUUAAAUAAGCUUUGUAUUUUAC